UGCAGGUCUUUAUAUGGAGGGAAGAUUGGGGGCUUCGAGUUAAACUCAGUCAGAGACGCCAGGAGGAGGCGACAACAUGGCUGAGCCGCAAGGCACCGAAAGCAAGACAGAGCGAGACCCCCACAGCAAGGACAUCGAUCUAGUCGACAGAGACCCCCGGAGGAUCAACGAGGACAGCGUAAAGGUCGACUUUGAAGAUGUGAUUGCAGAGCCAGCGGGCAUCCACAGCCUGGACAGCACCUGGAAGGCCAGCUUCACCACGUUCACCGUGUCCAAGUACUGGGGCUACCGCCUGCUCACGGCCCUCCUGGCCAUUCCCAUCUCCAUAGUCUGGGGUCUCCUGUUCGCCUCGAUCUCCUUCUGCCACAUCUGGGCCGUGGUGCCCUGCAUCAAGAGCCACACGAUCCAAAUCCAGGGCAUCAGCCGCAUCUACGCCCUCUGCGUCCACACCUUCUGUGACCCCCUCUUUGAUGCCCUGGGCAGGGUGCUGGGCAGCGUGCGCCUCGUCCUCCGCAAGGAGACUUAGACUUGGGCCGGGGCGUCCAUGGACUUGGGGGGGUGUAGGGGGGGGUCUGUCGCCCGAGACAAAUCUCCAAUGGCCCCACCACAAACUGGACAUUUGGAAGAUGAAACAACAAGAGACCACCAGGCUCCGCUUGUGACCCCCUGGAAGGCGUGGCUUGAGCAGUCUGUCAAUCAUUCGAGCUGCCACUCCCACCAAUCGGGUUAUCGUGGGGGGGGGGCACUGAAACACUUCCUAUUGUUCUUACGCCUAUUGUUCUUGUGCUGUCAUUCAUUCGUUUUCAGGUGAAGAGCGAAUCGAGUGGUGGCCCCCGCGUCACCGAGUGGAGGACAAUGGAGGACCCCCGCCUGGUGUGGACCGAUUAUGCGGCCCCUCACCUAUUUGGUGUCAAACGCAGACGAGGCAGCUGAGGAUUCCUCCCGGGUUCGGGUGGCAGUCAAUGGCGUCACCAACUCCAUCCAUCCAUUCACGGGGGCUGCUUAUCACAACGAGGGUCUCAGGGGUUCCAGACUGCAGGUUACAAAUGUGUUUGCCAGGGGGCACAGCUGAGUGGCACUAUACAGGGAGAGCAACCAGUGCGGGCACAGCAGCCGCCUACGACCCCACAGGACGCACACCCUCCAUAACUGGGCACACACAGGUUCAGUGAGCACUGAGGACAAAGUCACCCCUGGUCAGAGCCAAGAUGGCCAGCAGUCUUGGGACGUCCUUGCGGGCACUUAAUGGUGAGAGGACUGCUGUGACACAUAGAGGUGGCUCUGUGUGUGGGCACUUUGUCUUCUUCCUGUCACCUCCUGUCCCACUCUUCCUCCUGACUGUCCUCCUCCUCCCCCUCAGACUUGUCUAUUUUCUGUCUCCAUGGUUCUCAGUCAGCCAUAAUGGCAGGGUGCCCGGUGCCAUGCCAUUCCAGCUGUCUACCAGCUUGCCUUUAUACUGAUGAAGGGUCCCAGAGGUCCCCGAGAGGACGGCCACCUGAAUAGAACAGAACUAAUGAUGCCAAUGCACACAUUCUGGUGUCACUUUUUCAGACUGGCAAGCCGAAGCCUCUGGUCCCCAAAUGCCACCUGCCCCUGAAUUCGUCUUCAUGCUCCGCAGGUCUUGUCAGUCAUUCGGUGGGCAGAGCAGAAGAGGAGGGGAGGUGACUUGUAGACCCUGAACAUGGCUGUCCCCCUUUGAGCCCCGUCAACCUAACUGUGUUUGUCUCCUCAAGGUGGGCACCGUUGGUGAAGAUUUUGUUCCAAAAUGGAAAGCUCUGCAUUCCGUCAUAAACAGCUGGCACAGCCAGCCUUAACUGGUGUCCAGACUGCUCGAGUGCCCACCAAGGCCACUGGGGGUCAGCACUGAGCACUGGACACCUGGCCACGCCCCUUGUAAGUGACAUCACCUGACUUUCUCAAAGCUUCUCAUCCAAUUAAGAAGUGCGUUUUGGGUUUGGGACAGAGCACACCCUGGCAUCACUGGGCACAAGGAAGGCACUGGUCCAUCACAGGGCCAAUGGGAGUAGCCACUUCACCUAAGCCACCCAUGAGGACACCAACUGAGUAGGGAUUCUGAACCCAGGAUGAAGAUGGCAACAGUACCCACAGAGCCACCAUGCCAGCCUAAUGCAUCUGUUGAUUUGUGGUAAUUCUGUUAAAAUGCAGGAAUUGGUGAAUUGUCAGCCAUGUCUGUUGUUGAACUCUGCCCGAGUGCCACGUGGGCACAGACAAUAAAUAAAUAAACAGUGAGACCAACGUCUGGUGUCCUGUUGUUUGUCUGCGGCAUCCAUCAUCUGAGCCCACUCUGCAACAGCCAGAGCAGACCCUGGCAGCACCUGGGCACACACACCCUUGAGAGGGUGCCAGUGCACCAGGGGGAGUCACCCCGAGUAGUUUAAGCUGCUGGACAAGCUGAGUGACGUCACUUUAUUUGUGUAUAGCGCCCUUCACUGAGUGCGCCAGCUGGUGAAAUACAAAAUGAGAGACGAGAUGAGGCACAGGUGGCAUUGAACCCCCAGUGGUCUCCCAAUUUCAUUAUUAAUGUUGAGCUCCAAAUGUCAAGUAAAUGCUGACUCCAGGCACACUUUAGAUGAUCCAAAUGAUGAGUGGGCACCUUGGCACUGAGGUGGCACAAGGCGAAGCUGCUCAGACCAGCUCACUCCAAUGUAACCUUCUGGGUUCAAUGCCAACGCGUCACUCAGUCCUGAAACAUAACUGCUGAGUCACCAAGGA